AUGACAUGCCAUAAACCAGACUUUUUGGUUGCAGUUGAUAUCAGCGGUGAUAUCAAAUAUGAAAUACUAUUUGGAUUAUUCAAACCCCCUUUUAAAACUAGUACACUUAUCAAUGUAGAUCUUGUGGAUUUGGCUGUAAUGAUGAAAGAUUCAUUAGAUAUGGCAUAUUUAAAAUAUAGAUUUGAAUUAGAUCUGACUGUUUUUGGUAUACAUGGAUUUGGAUAUAAUGUGCGAAUAUAUGUAAUGGAUCUUGUCUAUGAUGGUAUCUACAGAAUGUAUUUAUUAGGUGAAUUUGAACUCCCAAGAAGUAAUUUAAGUCUAAGUCUUGUUGAAUAUUGCAUUUGUGAAAUGAAGAAUUUAAAGGAUUUAGUUGAUGAAAAUAUCAAAAGGGUUCCCCCUUUCUUACUAUUGCAAACUGGUGAUCAAACUCCAACUAUGUGGGCAUCAAUGACAAGAAAGACAUUGGCAACACCUAAAAAAGUUGAAGUUUGA